AGGCCCAGAGUAGAGAGGAGGACCUGGUAUCCAGGGAUGUAACUACAGGGGUGCAAGAAGAGGGCAGUGCCUUCUCAAAUAAGAUGACUGCCUCCUCUGAAAAUUUCCUACAGCCCCCAAACUCCUAGCACUUCAGUAACUUUAAACAUUGAGAAACAGAGUCUAGGCAUCCAAAGAAAAGGGAUAGGCAAAGGGAAUGUGGCAAAUGGGAGAGGUCUUGGUGUGGAUGAUGCUCACUGCCUCUCUCUCCCUGGUGUGUUGGAUAUUUGGAGAGUGAAGGAACAACAACAGUGAUAUAACAGUUUGGAGAGAAGGGCAGCAAGGAUGAUAAGAGGUAUGGAGAAAAGAUUGAAGGGUGACUUGAUCACACACUUUAAAUACUUCAAGGGCUCCUACAAAGAGAUGUGGGUUUGUUCUCUGCUGCCUCAGAGGGUAGGUCUAAUGGUUUUAAUUUACAGGAGGGUAGAUUUAACCUGAACAUUAGAAGCAUGUCUUGAGGGUAAGAACGGUUCAGCAAUGGAACCAAUUGCCUAGAAAAGUGAUGGGGUCUUCUUCUCUGAAUGUCUACCAAAAGAGUCUGGAAAGCUGCCGUCUGGAUAUGCACUAUCUGGAGAUCCUGCAGUGAGUAGGGAAUUAGACUCAACGGCCCAUGAUAUCCCAUCCAACAACAACCUAUGUGAACUCUCCAUACCAUCUAGGGUGGUAUGACAUGGUGCAUUGCACUUACGAAGGCGGACAGACAAAGACGUCUACAGUGGUUUUCUACCUCUUCUGUUUCCCCAUGAAGACUUCUUUACAGCAUGGAUAUUUGCAUACACUCCUCUUGGUUCCAUUUAUGUGAUCAUCCUAAGGAUGAUCUGAGACUCUACAGUGUGGCGCAUAGUUGCAGCUGAGUGUUGCAGCUUCUUUUGUCUUGCCUUGUAAACAGGUGAAAGUAACUUCCUCAUUUUAACCUCACUCGCUGCCUGAUCUUCAAAGGAACAGACAGCAACAAUUCAAGCAAGUUGGCCACUUUUACUGGGUCGAUGGGGAAACCGGCUGCUCUGCGGUCCCUGUAUUUGCUCCACAAUGGAGUUUUGUGGUUGCUAGUGCUAGUCAGGUGCGAGGAGCCAUUGCGUCAGUCGGUGGCGGUCCAUUCUGGGUAUUGCCCUUGGGAGUGCAUGACCUUUGUCCAGAUGUGGCCAGGCUCCUUCUGCGUGGCUCUAACAACCAGGUUCGAGUGUGUCAUCCCAAAGACCGCCAGCAAUUGGACCAUUCAUGGAUUAUGGCCCAGUGACAUUGCAGAGUGUUGUCAUUAUUGGUACCUCUUUCCCUCUGACCUGAACCAGGAUCUGAUGACUGAGCUAAACCGGUAUUGGCCCAAUUUCAUCAAUCUGAGCAACUUCCAGUUCUGGGAGAAAGAAUGGAAGAAGCAUGGGACUUGUGCAGGUUGCGUUGAAACACUGAACUCUCCCAAUAAAUACUUCAGGACUGCCCUCUCUCUGCACACCAAAUAUAAUAUCGACAGAAGAAGGCAAUCGCAAUGGGAAAAUGGUCUCUGGAUAAAAAUUGUCAAGGUGACUCUGUGUAGGAUCCUUAGGGUCACGGCCUUCCAAAGAAAUGCUGUUAUCCCAUCGUGCCAGCAAAGCUACCAGCUCAGCACCUUGCAAGCAGCAUUGCAGCCCAACCUAGGAGACCAAUAUAAACUGCAGUGUGUGACCGACACCCAGGGACGACAAAUCUUGGUGCAAAUAAAAGUGUCACUUCACACCGAUUUCUCCACCGGAUGCAUUGAGAGCAGUUUUCAGGAUGGCUCCCCAUACAAACCCUGCCAAGCAGAAAGGAGAGUUUUUUAUUUUCCUCCCAACCAUGAAAAUCCACGCAAUCCUUGUCCCUGAUCAGAGGGUCAACUCUGAGCGACACGAGAGGCUAUAAGGAACCCAAAUAAAAUAACCAUCCUUGUU